AUGACACCCACCAGCAGGACAGAAGGGCAAAGUAUUGCAGGAGAAGCUUCGCCUCCAUCCAUACAGCGCCAACAUAGAACGUGCUCCGACAGCUUAGGGAACACGAAUCUAUCCAAUGCAUUUACGAACACAACGUACAACUCAGCUGCGCCAUGUUUACCAAGAACGUCUACAACCCAAACUGCGGUCCAAGAUGCCGAACAGAACAUGACCCUCCGUCAAUGCCUCAAACGAUACCCUAAAGCAAUCAUGUGGUCCGUCUUGUUUUCAUUGACCUUGAUCAUGGAAGGCUAUUCCACCAUCCUCGUCCCAAAUUUAUACUCUCUCGAUCCAUUCCUGCGACAGUUCGGCACGCUGCAGCACAAUGACGACUACGAGAUCAGUGCUGAAUGGCAAAGUGCUUUGGUCAACGGCGCAUUGGCAGGUCAAAUCAUCGGGCUGUUCCUGGCUGGCUGGCUGGCUGAGAAGAUCGGGUACCGCAGGACACUUAUGAUUGGGCUGACAGCAAUUACGGCGUUCAUUACGAUUACGUUCUUUGCGACGAGUAAGCCAGUGCUACUCGCAGGGCAGUGCUUGCUUGGUGCGCCGUGGGGCGUGUUUCAGACGAUUAGCACGGUGUAUGCAAGCGAUGUGUUGCCUGUCAGGUUGAGGGGGUAUCUGACUACAUACGUCAAUGCUUGCUGGGUCAUUGGCCAGCUGAUCGCAUCCAUCGUCCUCCGCUCCAUGCUCUCCAUCGAUUCGCAGUGGGCAUACAGAAUCCCGUUCGGUCUCCAAUGGGCAUUCCCCGUCCCCAUACUCGUUGCCGUGCUGCUUGCUCCCGAAUCUCCUUGGUGGCUCGUUCGACAGAGUGACUUUAAGGAGGCAAUGAACUCACUUCGUCGCUUGCGAAAGCAGGAUGAGGAUGAACCGGACGCCGACUUCGACGCAGGGCUGGUGGAGACACUGAAUCAGCUUAAGCUGACCAAUGAGAUUGAGAAGGAAGCGCAAAGUGGAACAAGAUAUGUCGACUGCUUCAAAGGCGUGGAUCGGAGAAGGACUGAGAUAACAUGCAUGUGCUGGAUCAUCCAGACGCUAUGCGGCAGCACGUUCAUGGGGUUCUCGACUUACUUCUACGAACAAGCCGGCCUCGGUGCCAAACACGCCUUCACUCUCUCCCUCGCCCAAUUUGCCCUUGGCCUACUCGGCGUUCUCGCAUCCUGGUUUCUCCUCUCCUACCUCGGACGCCGCACAAUCUAUCUCUCAGGCCAAGGGCUCACAUUCCUCUGUGUCCUGCUCAUCGGCAGCCUGGCUUGCAUCCCGCACCCGCAUACCUCCACCUCUUCGACAAACAACGUGCCUCGCUCCGCUGGCGGCGCAAGCACAUCAAGUCACAGCAUCGCCGCUGGCGGCGCCAUUCCCUGGACCAUCGCCGCCCUCCUCCUCGUGUUCACAGCUGUUUACGACGCCACCAUAGGGCCCCUCUGCUACACCCUCGUCUCCGAAAUUCCCUCCACCCGCCUGCGCUCAAAGACCAUCGUCCUAGCACGCAACUGCUACAACAUCUCUGGCAUUAUCACCAACCUCAUCACCCCGCGCAUGUUGAAUCCUACAGCAUGGGCAUGGGGAGCCAAGGCUGGAUUUUUCUGGGCCGGAACGUCGAUCAUUGGGUUGGUUUGGUCGUGGUGGCGGCUUCCUGAGACGAAGGGGAGGACGUUUGCGCAGAUCGAUACGCUGUUCCGUAGUAAGACGAGUGCGAGGAAGUUCAAGGGUACGCGACUUGUGGAGGGGGAGCUGCGGAGGGAUGCGAGUGGAAGUAGCAAAGCGAGUGAAGCGUAAGUGCGUAGAGGAUGCAUACCAUGUUCAGAAACUCUGUCGUUGAGGCGUUCACGCAUGCAUUUGGUCUUUAUACAGUCUCUGUAUACGGUUGUUCGUAACGCGAUGUAGAGACCGAAUUCCAUUGGAACUAUGGAG